CUGAAAAAUAGUGAUAGGAACGCAAGCAAAGACACUACAACCGAGUGGCUUCAAGACGCAUGUCACAUUGAGCUCCUACCGCUCCUACGCUUUACAUAUAUAUCCCUAAGGUGCUAAUCGGACACAAGGAAGCGAACCCAAACCUCGUGGGUUUGGUCGUUGAUGUAGAACAUUUUCCCACCAAUUUCCCACCCAUUACAAAGCGAGUGAAACGCCAAUUUCAGGCCUCUUUUCUUCCUCACCACCACAUACUCACCUUUCAUCAUGGCUUUCUUACCCGGCCUUAAGAAACAGUUCAACAAGGCUAAUCAGUUCAUGUCGGAACGAAUCACUGGCGUUGAGGGUACCAAACUGGACCCAGAAUUCGCCGAAAUGGAACGGCGUGCCGACCUCUUCAACGAGCUGGUCGAGGAUCUGCAAGUUAAAACCAAGGAGUACCUCCAACCCAACCCCACAGUGCGGGCCAAGAUGGCGGCUGUGAAAGGAAUCUCAAAGCUCUCCGGGCAGGCUAAGGCCUCGACCUAUCCGCAGCCUGAGGGCACCUUGGGCGAUGCCAUGUGCACCUAUGGCAAGAAGUUGAAUGAUUUUGAUGCAGGCAGUGUGUUCGCCAUGUCCUUGAUCGAAACGGGAGAGUCCUUGAAGCAGAUGGCCGAUCUGAAGUACGCCUUGGAUGACGGGGUCAAACAGAACUUCCUCGAGCCGUUGCAUCACACCCAAAGUAAGGAUCUGCGGGAGGUGAUGCAUCAUAGGAAGAAACUCCAAGGUCGAAAGCUGGAUUUUGAUUGCAAAAAGAGAACCGGAGCACGGGACGAUGAGGUCCGACAGGCCGAGGACAAGUUCGCCGAAUCACUCCACCUGGCUCAAUUGGGGAUGCAUAAUCUCAUGGAAGGCAGUGGGGUAGAGCACAUCUCUCAGUUGACUCAAUUCGCCGAGUCCUUGUUGGAAUACCACAAGAACUGCACCACCAUCUUGCAGACCCUCACCGACACCCUCUACGAGAAGACAAAUGAGGCCUCGCUCAAACCUAAAGCUGAUUUCAGGCCCAAGACCCUCGAGGACCUGGGCAUUGACCGAGAUUCCGACUACAACUUGAACACGCCGAGUAGUGCGCGACCCGGGUCCUCCAAUAGCCACCAUCUCCCUGUGGGCUCUUCCAGUCUGAUAUCCACAUCUCCAGGUGGGUCCCAGGCCUCUACGCCCACGCAUGGAAACAACGGUGAUGCUUGGAAUCCACGGCCCUCGCCCAAGCCCAGCCCAGCGAGCACGCCCACCCGUCAUUCUCAACCAUCCUGUCAAGCACUGUACGAUUUCGAAGCGGAAAACCCCGGCGAAUUGAGCUUCAAAGAGGGUGACAUGAUCAUGCUGAAGACCCAAAUCGACGACAAUUGGUACGAUGGCUCUAUUAACGGCAAGAAUGGCUACUUCCCCGUCUCUUAUGUGACCAUUAUUAACCCAUUGCACUAAGGAAACCACACACACACAGAAAGAGAGAGAAUGAGAGAGAGUGAGACGGACAGUGAGUAAAUCCUAUCAAAGAGAAGACACCACCUUCUCUCUCUCCCAUAAAUCUACUCGUAACCAAUCAAGCUUUCUUGUGGAAAUGUUUGACACUAAAUGGGCUCUUUUCUGAACAGCUCUCCCUCGA